AUGGCCAUCACGGAUGACCCUACUGCUCUCAAGCUCGAAGAUCUACCAGAGCUUCUGAAGAAUGACACGAGCGUCAAGCUAGCAGGAUGCGACAUUGACGGUAUCUUGAGAGGCAAGCUGGUCUCCAAGAAGAAGUUUCUCUCUAUCGCAUCGUCUGGCUUUGGCUUCUGCUCCGUCAUCUUUGGCUGGGACAUGCACGACCAGACCUACUUCAAGGAACUCAAGAUCUCGAACAAGGAGAAUGGAUACAGAGACCUCACAGCUCAAGUCGACCUUUCCAGUUUCAGAAGAAUACCGUGGGAGAACAACGUACCCUUCUUCCUGGUCAGCUUCUACGAACCGGAAGGCCAGUCUGUAUCGGCUUGUCCGAGAAGUGUCUUGGGUAGAGCUGUCGAUAAGAUUCAGGCAAAGGGCAUGAGUGCCAUGGCAGGAGCUCCAUCCGAUCCCAACGCUUCCGAGCGCAACUCGUCCAGCACAGCCAAAUUCCUCAAGGAGAACGUACCAUCUGCUUUACCAUCCCUGACCGACGGCAUGUUCGGAUACAGUGUUACAAGACCGGUACACAACCAAGACUAUUACUACGGUGUCUACGAUGCCUGUGAAAAGUUCAGAUGCAAUAUUGAAGGAUGGCAUACAGAGAGUGGACCUGGUGUCUUUGAGGCUGCUCUCGAGUUCGGCNUUACCGUCAAGUCUAUCGCUAGCAAGUUUGGCAUCACACCUUGCUUCAUGGCAAAACCUCGUGAGAAUCUACCAGGAAACAGCGGUCACAUGCAUGUCUCCCUAUGCGACCCGGAAAAAAGCAAAAUCUCUUUGCGCAGCGAGCCCGACCCUAAUGCUCCUUAUGAAGAUAUCAAACACCUUUCUGAUCUGGGCCGCCAUUUCCUUGCUGGUCUGAUUGAGGGUCUUCCGGAUGUCAUGCCCAUUUUCGCCCCUACAAUCAACAGCUACAAGCGUCUGGUGGAGAACUUCUGGGCACCCGUCACUGUCAGCUGGGGCUUGGAACAUCGCGCCGCGAGUAUUCGUCUCAUCGCACCUCCCACCGCUUCUCCUAAAUCUACUCGCUUCGAAGUCCGUGUACCUGGAGCAGACACCAAUCCCUACCUUGUGUUGGCAACUAUUCUUGCCCUGGGAUGGAGAGGCGUAGAGAAGAAGCUCGAGAUCCCAAUCCCACCUUUGGGCAAAGGUGAAGAUGUCGGCGGUGAAUCAGACAAGGGUGUCCGAUUAGCCAAGAGUCUGAGAGAGGCCACCGAGAAGUUCAAGAGCAAGGACAGCGUUGCGAGAGAAGUGUUUGGCGACGACUUUGUUGAUCAUUUCGCCGGCACUCGUGAACAUGAACUCAGACUAUGGGACGAGGCAGUCACGGAUUGGGAGUUCAAACGCUAUAUUGAGACAGUGUAG